CACAGCCUGCAAAAACGGCGCCUGCGCGUGUGAAUCUAAAAGAGGGACUGCUGCGUGCUGCUGCAGCACACUGCGACCGGCUGCUGGCAGCUCUGCGCUCGCUGAGCACUCUUAGCACGCACAGCAAAAAAUGGGCGCAGCAGAGACAAUGGCAAGCGCCGACGCCGCGCCUAAAAUCGCCGCCUUCCUCUUCCUCGAGGAAGUGAUCGCCUUGCAGCGCUGCAGCAGACAACACGCGCGCCGCUUCGGCGCGCCCGGCGCCGCAUUGCGGAGCCGCGUCCAGCCGCGGUCGCGCGCGGCGUUCUGGGCCGAAGCGUGUAGGGUCGAGGCGGACAAGAAGCGCGCUUUGAAUAGGCGGACGGCGACGAACGGCGGCUUCUUCGAGAGCUGCGCCGGGUUGUUGGACGGCGACGGCGGCUGCGCGCGCCUCAAAACAACCGGCGUCGAGGGCACGAUCGCGCGAGAUGUCCGACGCACCUUCGCGCAGCGAUCAUUUUAUGGAGAGGGUGCGAAGGGCCGCGACUUACUAGCUGAUGUGUUAGUUGCUCUCGCGACGGCGUCGCCGGAGACGGGCUAUUGCCAAGGCAUGAACCUCGUCGUGGGCGCCUUACUCGAAACCGCCGCGCGCGCCGGGUCGCUCGAGGAUGACCACAAAAUCAUCUUAUCAGCCGUGGAAGAGCGGCGCUGCCAGCGAAAAGCGUUCUGGUUGUGCCACGCUAUUGCUCAUGGCGGGCCGAAGUCUACCCCAAAAGAUUCGAGAUUAGCCUUGAGCGAACUGUGGCGGCCGGGCAUGCCCUCGCUGCAGAUGCGAGCGUUCCAGCUCGACCAGCUCUGCCAGACGUACCUACCUAAAUUAAGAGUGCACUUGAAACGAAGUGGUUUGGCACCUACACAGCUCGCGGCGCAGUGGUACCUGACGUUAUUCGCUUAUGUUGUUGAUGCGUCGUGGCUGCCUGCCUUAUUUGAUGCGAUCUUUCGCGACGGCUGGAAGGCGGUCCAUAGGAUAGCUCUGGCGUUGUUAGCGGUGGUGAGGGACGAUUUGUUGAAUAUGAAGCCGGAUGCGUGCGGCAAAUAUUUGAGGGACCGGGACCGGUUGAAAGAAGCCGCGUCCGAACGCGUCGGCGGCGUCGACGGCGUUUUACGGUUAGCGGCGACGUUCAAGGUGACAAGGACGUCAUUAGCAGCAUUAUCAACGAGGCACGGCUUCUCCAUCGUCGAGGACCGAGGCGCGCUGAAGGCCGACGAGAUAAAGCAGCGACCUAGGAGAGAUUUGGAUGGUCACGGCGGCGUCGACGUGCGCGCGCGAUUAGGUGCUUUGGACGACACGGCCAAACGCGACGCCAGGACGCUCAUGGCGCGCGUCGAGCGGGCCAGUCGCGCUCGUAGAACCGCUCUGGACGCGGCGAAGGAGACAAAAGCUGUGGUAGAGACGCGCAGGGCCGCCGUCGGCAUGCUCGUCGACGAGAAGCGCCGCUUCGAGUCCGAGGCGGUUGACGUCUUCGACGACGUCCUGGGCGACUCGCUGCUGGCGGCGUCGAUGACGCCGGUGCGGACGCCCGUGCGUCGGACGCAGUCGGAACCGGUUUCGAGGAGAGGCUGGUUCUCGUUCCUGCGCUCUCCGAAAACGCCGGCGGCGCCGCCCGCGACGCCGCUCGCCGGCGCCUUGGCCAAGGCCCGGGCGGUUCAAACGACGCGGUCGCGGCGCCUCAAGUCGGCCCAGCGCGGCGCCGAGAAGGUGGAACGAGCUCUAAGCAUCGCGCGGCGCCACCUCGACGACGCGCGGCGCGCGCACGCCCAGGCCCAGGGCGACGUCGACGACGCGUCGGAGAUCUGCCUGCGCGUGACGGCGCAGCUGCGCCAGCUCAUGGAGGGCGUCGACGACAAGCGGCGCGCGACGCUGUCCGACGCGGCGUCGCAGACGAAGGCCGAGCCCUCCAUCGCCGAGCGCUUCCGCGCGGGCGCGACGCCGCUGCGCGCCGCGACGACGCCACCGCCUCCUUUACUCGAUGUGGCCGAGGUCGAGGGGCGCUCGUCCAGCUUGUCGCUCGACGAGGCGCAGUUCGAGAGUGUGCCGUUGUAUUGACUAAG